GCAAAAUAAAACUCAUGGAAGAAGAUAGCUAUAAAGGAGACCCCUCCAAAAAAUUUGUGGAAGAGAGACUGAAGCUUAACAGGAUUAUUGAGAAUAUUCAUAAAUUAGAAGACGCAAUUCCAAUCAUUCAUAAGAUGUACAAAGAGCAACAAAAACAAUCAGAAACGAUUUUGAGGCAGAAAGUGAAGAUGCAAGAAUACUUAACUGAGAAUACAAUAGAAACCAAGUUCAAUGGGCUAAAACUUGAUUUGGAAGGGUUAAUCUUUCAAAAACUCGAGAUUUUUCAGAACAAAAUGGACGAUUUGAUCCAUAACAAAGUUGAUAAAGAGGAGUACACCACUUAUACAAAAUAUAUACCAGAUAUCAUGAAUAACCUUCGUGCAAAUGUGGACAAAAAGAUUGCGAACCUUGAAAAUGAUAAAAUUGGGAACCUAAGUAAAAUGCUACUUUCAAAAAUCCAAGAAAUCGACCUUCUGGUGAACUCCAAAGCUAAUGAUGCUGAACUACAAAGCCUUAAGGACACUAAAGUGAGCGAAGAAGAUAUUCAUUGCAUCCAAGAAGAGCUCAAGCAGAUAAAGUCAGUGGUCAGUACGAUAGAAGGAGAAGAGAAUGAUUACAACCAAGAUACAGAUGCGACUCCUUUGCACCGUAAAGAUACUCCUUCUGUUCUUAAUUUAGAAGAGAAUUCUUCCUUAAGGGCUUUAUUUCAGGAAUACCUGGAGAAGAUCCAGCAGGAUCCUAAUAAAAAGCACUUGAAGUACCAACAAAUUCUUCUUAUUGAAGCUAUAAAGAAGAUAUUAUGUGAUGAUAACAGAUUCGAAAAUAUGAGAAAGGAAAUUCUCCUGCAAAGAGAAGAAAUUGAGAAAAUAAGAAAUGAAAAUGAUGAUUUGACCGUUAAAGUUCAUAACUGUGUGUCCACAAUGGAUGAAGCAAAUUCCCUUAUAGAACAAAUAGGUGAAUUCAAGGAAAGAAUCGAGGCUGAUCACCAAGAAUCUUCCAAAAUAGUUGCUGACUGUCAUAAGCAGUAUCAAGAGUUAGCUGCAAAGCAUUCAGCUCUGCAGACUAAAACCUCUGAGGCCCGUAAAGAUGUAAUCAAGAGACUUGUGGUGCUUGAAACAAUGACCAAAGAAAAUCAGCAUCAAAUUUCCUUGAUGCACAUGCAAAAGGCUAAAUUUGAUAAAAUAACUGAAAAUGAGAUUGCCAUCAAAGAUAAUGAAUAUAACUUAGAAAAAGCUGUGAAAGAUUUCGAGCACAAACUUCAAGACUUCAAGAAUGAAUACAUUCUUCAAACUGAGUUUUUCAACAAAGAGAUAGAUUCCCUCGGAGAUCCUGUCAGACAAGCCCUUGAGAAGAACCAGCGUGAAUCAGACAAUAUGAUGAAUGAACUAAAGAACGUUCAGAAAGAAUCCAGAGACAUCUUUUCCGAAUUUGAAAAGUCUAAAUCCCAUUUAUUGGAUGUAAUCUCUGCCUUAAAAUCCGAUCAGGUGCCUGUAAACGCCUGCAAAUAGCACAGUCUCUACUAUAAACCUCGAUACGAAAAUUCUGAAGCAUGAUUACUCAACUCCAAGUUUUAAGACUCCUGCAGAAAACCUACCUAAAUUCAACCAGCGAUCUCAGAGAUCCCAUGCAAUGUCACCUAUAACAUUUGCUAGGACUACUACUGCUCAGACCUCUCAGUCAAAGCUCAACUGUUUUGCCAAUAAUGAGACAAGAACGGUGGGACAUCUCACCCUGAACAAGGCUUCAAACAUAACCUCCAAACCUACAAAGUCAAUCCUCCCAAAACACUCCAGCUCCUCUCUCAACAAAAACUCGUCAUCCCACGUACCUUUCCCAGGAGACAUACCAAAACUAUCCCGCACAUGAAUGUCAAGACCUUUAGAAGGAAAAAUCUCCCAGUCAGACAUCCUCAAUAUGAAUGACCCAGACCAGGCUAUUCGAGAAGAAGACGAAGGACCCUCACACCCCAGAAUGGAAAGAACCACUCCUUAUACUAAGCACAGCCAAAAGAAACUCCUGUUCCUGAAAUCCCGGCUGAAUAAGAAGCCGAUCAGGUACAAUGAAGAGAUGAGGAGGUCCAAAUCAGCUAUGAAAGGGAAGACUUCAGGAGUUAAAAUAGGGUUAUUUUAG